AGAGGAUGGUACUAUAUAGACUGUGACCGAGUUUGGGGAAAAGUAAGCACUGGCAGAUCAAUAAAUUAUAAAGCUCUUCAUCGUCGCUGUCAUAAUGAUACUCUCAAGCUAGAUCUAGUUGUACUAUUAAAAGAACGUUGACAAGAAUCCAUACUGCGAAUAACUUACAGAUUCGCACAAUUUCCCAUAAGGUCAAUAAAUAAUGGUAUGUAGGGCAAUGAAAUAAUGAAAACGUUCUAACAAUUCAAGACUUUCACCUGCAAAAAAGGAUACUGGUGACUGAAAAUAACAACACUCUUUUUCUUUGUCACAUUCUGAAUAUUAUAGGCGUUAUAUAUCUUCGGGCCGCGGUUCGCGUCCACUCUGGAAAUUUCGGUUCGCAUAAUAUAUCACAUUCCUGACCAUAAACCAUGCCUAGAUUGCCUGUGUUAGAUAUCAUACACAGGACCGUGGUCUAUUCUCUCGCAGGGCUCACUGCAUGGACAGUUGUUUCUGCUGUCAUGAUUCACCGCGAAACAUUACAGAAAGGAAGAGACCUCGUCGCACGUAUGGAAGCUGAGGAACGUCAAAAACAGGAGGAUAAGUCCUACGGAUCCUAAUGCAAGCGCGUAGGCUGUUUCUUCGACGAUCCGAACCAAAAAUGUACUUGCAAAACUUGAUACUACACCUUACCUUUACUGCAUCACUCGACGUUCAUGAUGAGUAAAUGUUAAACAAGAUCGUCUUUCUUGUUUGAAUCAUGGAGAAAUGAAAUAGUGGAAUCCUGUAAUUCUUAUAUGCUCAUAAUCAUAGUGAUGUUUUCGUUUCCUGACUACCUUCAAGUCGUUCGAUAGAGUGGAAAAUGAACUGGAGAGAAUCUGAAAUGUUCAUUUUCAGAGAAUGUAGCACAGUAACUGAUACUAUGGUC